CCAAAGGCGUUGAUACCAACGAGGCAAUGGAAAUAGAAGAAAAUGAAGAGACACUGGAGGUGGGAAGAGUUGCAAGAGCAAGUGAUUAUGAGUAUCUACUAUUGAUGCCGAUUGAAACCUUGACGCUAGAAAAGGUUCAAGAGCUGUUAGCUGAAAAGGGAAAGCAAGAAAUGGAGGUGGAGGAAUUGAAGAAGGAAACUCCGAAGUCUCUGUGGAUGAAAGAUCUUGAUGCUUUCAUUACGGCACUUGAUGAGCAUGAGAAGGAAGAAGCCCAGGUGGAGGAGGUGACAAGACAGAUGGAGGGUAGGGCAGGCAAGCCUCUCACUAAGGCUUCUAGACAAGUUGGAAAGAACCCAAGAAAGAGCAACACCAAGAAAGCCAAUGAAGCAGAUACUAUUGUUGAAUCUAUAGCAUCAGUUAGUACUACAGCUAAAACUGGAUAUGUUUCUGAGGGGGUAAAACCCAAAAGUAGGGGAGCUCCGAAGAAGUCUCCUGCUAGAAAUCAGAAAAUGCCGACUGCCAUUGAUAGUGAAGAGGAAGAUGAUGAGGUGCUCGAGCUGAAAGAACGAUUGACAAUGUAUAACAUUGAUUCUCCUUCAGAUCAAACAGGUGAUGACGAUGCUUCUGAGGUAGAGUCGGUCUAUUACGAUGAUGAGGAGGCAUUCUCCUUCAUGCAGUCUCAGGCAGGUGCCAUUUUGGCUUAA